AUGCUGAAAAACAGUGAGAGGAGGUGGUCUUGGAGCUACAGGCCCUGGAAUACCGCGGAGGGUACCGAUGCACCCACUUCAGGGAACAGCCAACACCGCGGGAGCAUCUGCUCCCUGGAGGCGCGUUCCGGCUCCCAGGCCAGCAUCCCACCGUGGACCGAGGGCAACUAUAACUACUACAUCGAGGAGGACGAGGACGGGGCGGAGGAGGAGCAGUGGAAAGACGACUUGGGCGAUGUGGCCGAGGAAGACCAGCAGCCAGAGGAGGCCGCCCGGACGGAAGGCCGCACCGACGGCUCCACGCUGAACGUGAACGUGGGCGGCCAGAGCUACCACCUGGACUGCGCGCAGCUGGCCUGCUACCCCAAGACGCGCCUGGGCCGCCUGGCCGCCUGCACCAGCCGCGGCCGCCAGCUGGGCCUGUGCGACGACUACGAGGCGCAGACGGACGAGUACUUCUUCGAUCGCGACCCGGCCGUCUUCCAGCUGGUCUACAACUUCUACCUGUGCGGGGCGCUGCAGGUGUGCAACGCGCUCUGCCCGCGCCGCUUCCUGGAGGAGCUGGGCUACUGGGGCGUGCGGCUCAAGUACACGCCGCGCUGCUGCCGCAUCUGCUUCGAGGAGCGGCGCGACGAGCUGAGCGAGCAGCUCAAGAUCCAGCGCGAGCUGCGCGCCCAGGCGCGGGCCGAGGAGGCCGAGCAGCUCUUCCGCGACGUGCGCUUCUGCGGGCCGCAGCGCCAGCGCCUCUGGAACCUCAUGGAGAAGCCCUUCUCGUCCCCGGCCGCCAAGGCCAUCGGGGUGGCCUCCAGCCUCUUCGUGCUCAUCUCCAUCGUGGCGCUGGCCCUCAACACGGUGGAGGAGAUGCACCAGCGGGCGGAGGGCGGCCGCUGGGCGGUGCUGGAGCACGUGGAGGUGCUGUGCAUCGCCUUCUUCACGCUCGAGUUCCUGCUGCGCCUGGCCUCCACGCCCGACCUGCGUCGCUUCGCGCGCAGCGCCCUCAACCUGGUGGACCUGGUGGCCAUCCUGCCGCUCUACCUGCAGCUGCUGCUCGAGUGCUUCACGGACGAGGACCAGCGGCGCGGCCAGGGCUCCUCCCGGGAGCACGACCUGGAGACGGUGGGCAGGGUGGGCCAGGUGCUGCGUGUCAUGCGCCUGAUGCGCAUCUUCCGCAUCCUCAAGCUGGCGCGGCACUCCACCGGCCUGCGCGCCUUUGGCUUCACCCUGCGCCAGUGCUACCAGCAGGUGGGCUGCCUGCUGCUCUUCAUCGCCAUGGGCAUCUUCUCCUUCUCCGCUGCCGUCUACUCUGUGGAGCACGACGUGCCCGGCACCAACUUCACCAGCAUCCCGCACUCCUGGUGGUGGGCCGCGGUGAGCAUCUCCACUGUGGGCUACGGAGACAUGUACCCAGAGACGCACUUGGGCAGGCUUUUUGCCUUCCUCUGCAUUGCUUUUGGGAUUAUCCUCAACGGGAUGCCAAUCUCCAUUCUCUACAACAAGUUCUCCGAUUACUACAGCAAGCUCAAGGCUUAUGAGUACACUGCCAUACGAAGGGAAAGGGGAAAGGUGGACUUCGUGCAGCGAGCCAGAAAAAAGAUGGCUGAGUGCUUGGCUGAAAGCAACCCACAGCCCACCCCAAGGCAAGAGAAUUAA